UUUCUAACCUAAAUCUGAAAUCCGAGGUACGCGGCCGUUCGAGCUCCGGGCCGCUCGCUCAAAUAUUUAUAAAUAAAACACACGAAAUUUUUUAUCCAAACUAAAAAGCACGAAAAAACACAUUUCUACUUCACAAUCCUGUGUUUUAAUACCCAAAUAUGUGUUUAAGAAGUGUUCUUUUCGCGAGUGUUUUGUUUUUUAUGUGAAAGUGAAUUUUUUCGGGCCAUGGAAUGAGUUUGUGUGUAGAAAUGGUGAGGGCAGUGGUGUGUUACAUUGCUGGAUUUGUUUAAAGAUCGGAUUCUUUCUGCUAAUAGGUUAAAAUGGCAGACCAGCCCCAAACGACGGGGGCCACCACUCCUGGGGCUGACAGCGUGGUGGACCCCACAUUAGCCACCACCACCCCGGCCCCCAGAAAGCAAGCGAGGCCGCGGGGCAAGCCGCAACCAGAGAAACCGAAGCGAAGUUUAUUCUGUUUAGGACUUAAGAAUCCCUUGAGGAAACUGUGUUAUGAUAUAGUGGAAUGGAAACCAUUUGAAUAUAUGAUAUUGACAACGAUUUUUGCAAACUGCAUAGCUUUAGCGGUGUUCACGCCCUAUCCGUCCAGUGACACUAAUAAUACUAAUCAAAUAUUGGAAAAAGUAGAAUGGAUAUUUAUGGUAAUAUUUACGGGAGAAUGUAUAAUGAAGAUUAUAGCGUACGGCUUCCUGUUCCACCCUGGAGCGUAUCUUCGGAACACGUGGAACAGUUUGGAUUUUACUAUAGUUACUAUUGGUAUAGCGAGUAUGAUUCUACAAUAUAUUUCGAGAGACUCCUUCGACGUGAAGGCUUUGAGAGCCUUCAGAGUGUUGAGACCUCUGCGAUUGGUUUCUGGAGUGCCAAGUUUACAAAUUGUGUUAAACUCCAUCUUGAAGGCUAUGGUGCCAUUGUUCCACAUAGCUUUCUUGGUGCUCUUCGUGAUCAUCAUCUACGCCAUCAUCGGCUUGGAGCUGUUCUCUGGGAUCCUGCACGAGACGUGCUUCCUAAACGGAACGAAAGAUGAAAUAAUAGACGACCCAAGUCCUUGUAAUAGUGAACCGGGAGAUUUCGGCUACAAAUGUCCUCCCAACUACGAGUGCAGAGGAGAUUGGGAGGGAAUCAACUAUGGCAUCACCAACUUCGACAACAUUGGCUACGCCAUGCUCACUGUCUUCCAAUGCAUCACUCUUGAGGGAUGGACUGAUAUUAUGUAUGCUAUCUCCAACGUCAAAGGCAACACCUGGCCUUGGAUCUACUUUGUGACGCUGGUCAUCUUCGGCAACUUCUUCGUGAUGAACCUUAUUCUUGGUGUGUUGUCUGGAGAGUUCUCCAAAGAAAGAGAAAAGGCGAAGAAUCGUGGUGACUUCCAAAAAUCUCGUGAGAGACAGCAGUUUGAAGAAGACUUAAAAGGUUACUUAAAUUGGAUAACUGUAGCCGAAGAAUUGGACCUUGAAAAUGAUCAGGGCCAGAAGGAUGAUGAUCAAGAUUCUCAAGAUAAAAAAGACAGAAAAAGUAACGAAGGAUCUCAAAGCAAUAUAAAUACGAGUACAGAACAGGGACACGCAUCGACUUGUAAAGUUUACUGCAGGAGAUUCGACAAGGUCAAUCGGCGAUUACGAAGGACGUGUAGGAAAGCUGUGAAAUCACAAACUUUCUACUGGGCCAUCAUUGUACUUGUAUUUCUAAAUACUUUAGUACUGGCCACUGAACAUCAUGACCAACCCUACUAUUUAGACUACUUCCAAGAAUACGCGAACUAUUUGUUCGUCGUACUAUUUACAAUGGAAAUGUUGGUGAAGAUGUAUGCACUGGGAUUGCAAGGUUACUUCGUCUCCUUGUUCAAUCGGUUCGACUGUUUCGUCAUGUUCUGCUCCAUCGUGGAGUUGGCUCUGACCAUCACCAACACCAUCCCGCAGCUGGGUAUCUCCGUGUUGCGUUGUGUCCGUCUACUCCGAGUCUUCAAAGUUACUAAAUACUGGCGUUCUCUCUCCAACUUAGUCGCAUCUCUUCUUAACUCCAUCCAGUCUAUCUUCUCCCUUCUUCUGCUGCUUUUCUUGUUCAUCAUGAUAUUUGCUCUGCUGGGCAUGCAAGUGUUUGGAGGAAGAUUUGACUACGAACCGGAGGAGGAGAAAGAGAGGCAUAACUUUGACUCUUUCUGGCAAGCUGUGCUGACAAUGUUUCAGAUAUUGACUGGUGAAGAUUGGAAUGCUGUGAUGUACCACGGUAUCAAUGCGUACGGUGGAGUCGGCACGCCCGGCAUGUUGGCAUCUAUCUAUUUUAUUGUUAUCUUCAUUUGUGGUAACUACAUCUUACUAAACGUGUUCUUGGCUAUCGCUGUCGACAAUUUGGGAGAUGCUGAAGAGAUGGACGAAAUUCAAAAAGAAAAAGAUGAAGCAGAGAAUCCAGAGGCAGGUAACCCUCAACUGGAUGAGGAGAGAGGCGAGACUGAUGACGAAUAUGUGAACGAAGAGGAGGCUUAUUCUGGUGAAGACCGGCCAUACAAGAAAUAUAAAAGGGUUCCCAGGUCAGAAAGCGAAGUGACUGGUUCAGAAGAAGAAGUAGAAGAACAGGAGCAAGAAGUAAGAGAUGAAGCCAACAAUACUCUUGUUCAAAAUGAGAAGAAACAAAAUGGAGAUAUAAAGAAAGAAGAAUCCCCGAAACGCACGACGGCGGCCAUGUCGGCUCGACCUCGACGGUUAUCUGAAGUGGAAAUGAAAAAUGAAGACAAGCCCAUCCCUGAAGGCAGUAGCUUCUUCAUCUUCUCUAAUACUAAUUGGUUCAGAGUGACAUGUUACAAAAUCCAGAAGAAUUCAUGGUUCAAGAAUUUGAUUCUGCUCUGCAUUCUAGCGUCUUCUCUUAUGUUGGCCAUGGAAGACCCUGUCGGUAGUAAGAGCAGUGAACUGCAGACUGAGAUCCUCCGUAAAAUAGAUUACUUCUUCACCACAGUGUUCACAGUGGAACUGCUCCUGAAGGUCAUCACAUACGGCUUCAUCCUACACAAGGAUGCUUUCUGCAGAUCUGCAUUCAAUCUGCUUGACUUACUUGUCGUUAUUGUGUCUUUGAUUUCCUUGGAUGGGUCCAAAAACACAGUGUCAUUCAUUAAGAUUUUGAGAGUUUUCCGUGUGUUGAGACCUUUAAGAGCAAUCAACAGAGCCAAAGGAUUGAAGUAUGUUGUCAAGUGUGUAUUUGCUUCAAUUAAGUCAAUUGGAAAUAUAUUUAUUAUAAAUCAUAUGUUGCAAUUUAUGUUCGCUGUUGUCGGUAUACAGUUGUUCAAGGGUAAAUUCUAUAGAUGUACAGAUAUCACCAAGGUGACUGAAGAACAGUGCAAGGGUACAUACUUGAUUUACAAAAAUGGCAAGCUGGCCAUUGAGGAGAGGUUCUGGAUUCGAAACAAGUUCAAUUUCGAUGACGUGCUCAACGGAAUGCUGACUCUCUUCACUGUAUCUACCUUCGAAGGGUGGCCAGGACUUCUAUCAACGUCAAUGGAUUCGAACGAGGAGCGACAUGGACCUAUCGAGAACUCCAGGCCUUUGGUCGCAUUCUUCUACAUCAGCUACAUCAUUGUUAUUGCGUUCUUCAUGGUGAACAUCUUCGUAGGUUUCGUCAUAGUAACAUUCCAGAAGGAGGGAGAGCAAGAGUUCAAGGACUGCGAGCUAGACAAGAACCAGAGGAACUGCAUUGAGUUUGCUUUGAAAGCCAAACCUGUUAGGAGAUACAUCCCCAAGCAUAGGAUCCAGUACAAGACGUGGUGGUUUGUGACGUCACAGCGGUUCGAGUACUUCAUCUUCUUCUUCAUUGUGCUGAACACCGUGGCGCUGAUGAUGAAGUUCCAUGGAGCCUCGCCGGAGUAUAAGAGGGUGCUGGAUUAUAUAAACAUGCUGUUGACUACUGUCUUCAUGUUGGAGUUUGUGUUCAAGCUCGCUGCGUUUAGAUUUAAGAACUACUUCGGAGACGCGUGGAACACCACAGACUUCAUCCUUGUAGUCGGCAGUAUUAUAGAUAUUGUGGUCACACAGGUCAACGAGAACAAACCACCAGCUGAUUUCGGACUAGUCAGCAAAGCUAAUAAAGAGGGCUCCAACCUCCUAAAAUACAUCACGUUCUUCCGUCUCUUCCGAGCCAUGCGUCUUAUAAAGCUGCUGUCCAGAGGAGAGCGGAUCAGGACUCUUCUCUGGACCUUCAUCAAGUCGUUCCAAGCGCUGCCUUACGUCGCGUUGUUGAUCGUUCUUCUGUUCUUCAUUUAUGCUGUUGUUGGGAUGCAGCUCUUCGGCAAGGUUUAUCCAGAUGAUGACGUAAUCAGCAGCAACAAUAACUUCAAGACUUUCGGUGGAGCUCUCAUGGUGCUGUUCAGAUCAGCUACAGGAGAAGCUUGGCAAGACAUUAUGAUGGCCUUAUCUCCGAACACGGACGAGAGACCUCACAAUCCGAUCCACUGCAUCAAACCAGACAGAUAUGACGAGGAGCCCGACAAGGAGAACUGCGGCACCUGGAUGGCUUUCCCUUACUUCAUCUCUUUCUCUUUGCUGUGUACUUUCUUGAUCAUCAAUCUGUUCGUGGCUGUCAUUAUGGACAACUUCGAUUAUUUAACCAGGGAUUGGUCCAUUUUGGGCCCACAUCAUCUCGACGAAUUUGUUAGGUUAUGGAGUGAAUAUGAUCCUGACGCAAAAGGAAGAAUCAAGCACUUGGAUGUUGUUACUCUACUUAGAAAAAUCAGUCCACCGCUUGGUUUCGGCAAGCUGUGUCCACAUCGGACGGCCUGCAAGCGUCUGGUGUCCAUGAACAUGCCGCUAAACUCCGAUGGAACUGUGAACUUCAACGCCACACUCUUCGCUGUCGUACGGACACAGCUGCAGAUUAAAACUACAGGUGUCAUCGACGAAUGCAACACGGAGCUCCGAGCGAUAAUCAAAAAAGUAUGGAAACGCACAUCUCCAAAACUGCUGGACCAAGUAGUGCCUCCUCCUGGCGAUCCUAACGAGAUCACAGUUGGAAAGUUUUACGCCACAUUCCUUAUACAAGACUAUUUCAGAAGGAACCAUGCAUUCAGAAAGCGCAAGGAGCAGGCUGCUGCAGCGUCACUGCAGAACAAUCAGAUGACGUUGCAAGCUGGACUGAGGACGCUGCACGAAGCUGGGCCGGAGCUGAAGAGAGCUAUAUCCGGCAACUUGGAUGAAUGUGUUGGAGAAGUUGUGGAGCCUAUGCAUAGGCGUAACCACACUUUGUUUGGUGCUGUUUGGACGAGUCUCAAGAAACAUGGACGAGAGAGCUUCUACGGCAAAGACAGAAGAGAUGCUAUGCAGCACAUGCCUUCUAGUAAUAAAAAUGGAGUGGACAAAGACGGACCGUCGCUGAGUACAAUGAUGCGACGUGAACUCGGUAUGGAUGGAAAGAUACCAGAAGAAGAAAUUAAACAAGAGGAUGGCAACCAAAGCGAUGAGGAAAUCGCGAUGCAGCCUCUUUUACACGGCAAGGACUCUGAAAAGAUAUUUAAAGCUAUCGAAAAAACGUCCAACGAUUUAAUGCAGACUAUGAGAAACAACUAUCGUGACAAAAGGACGAGACCUCUCAACAACGUGCCUUAUUGCAUAGAGAAUCCAGCGGAGAAUCUUAUUACUCGAGUACUGACAGAACAGGGGCUCGGCAAGUACUGUGACAAGGACUUCAUUCAGAGCACUUCACGCGAGAUGCAGGAAGCGCUCGACCUCACACAAGAGGAGAUGGAUACCGCUGCCAAUCAAAUUAUAUUGCAAGAGAGAAGGAUGGAUGCUGCCCAGGGCAGGCCCAACGAUGUGGAAAGCAUAUUGUCAAGACAAUAUCAUCCCUUCCAUCAACCUCCCAUGCAACCCCCACCAAGGAAAAAAUAGACCCCACGACUACUACAUUUGGAAUACUUUGUUACCCUCCCGGUUGACUACCGAGAGGGUUUGUUGCCCUCACCUGGGCUCGCAGGCCCACGGACCUUAGGGCUACAGGAGGACAAAAAAAAACUGAUUUUUUGAAGAAUAUUUUGUAAAUAAUAGCUUUUGGCUUUAAAGGUCCCAAUGUGUUUUUUCUAGAAAUUUCCCCCUAUGGGGCAUGAAAUGUUUGUGGUAAGAAAUGAAUUUUUAAAUGAAACAUUUUACCUAAUAUGUAUACAUAAUAUUGUACGCGGCUAUGUGCCUUAUAUAAAUAUGGAUAAAGGUGAAAAUUGUGCCAAAAAACAUGUUUUAAUCGCCUUAAAAUUUAAAUAUUGCGAUAUUUUCUGCUAUAAAAAAUAUUAUUAAAUAAUUAAAAGUAUAUAAAUAUAAAUGGUAUAUAAUAUAUAACGUGUAAAGAUUAUAUGGGUAUUAUUUUCGAGUAAAUCUAGUCAUAAUGUGCUUGCUUAAGUUUUAUCGUGAAAGUUUACUUAGUAUGGAUAAAUAUUUUAAAAUGAUGUAUUUUGUAUGAAACUAUACUUGUUAUUGUGAAUAAAAUGUUGGAAUGGAUUUUAA